UGAAUAUCAAUGGUCUUAACUCAAUAUGGGAAUCAAGUAUCGUUAAAGAAAAUACUCAAUGAUUGUAAUAAAAUAGUGAAUGAACUGAGACAAUUUUAUACAUACAUUUAAGAGGUUGGUAAAUUAUUUGAAGAAGGUAUGCGAACAGACAGAAGAAGUGAUUCCAGUUGUAGGGCUCAAAUGUCUAGACAUAUAAGAGCAAUAGGAGUUUGGUCAACUGGUGGAAUUGCUAUGAACACCCAAACAUUUUCUGCCAUCAAUAGAUUGUUUUCAGAACCCAUCGACAUAUUUUCACCAUUUCAAUUUUUGAAGGUUUCUAUUACAACAGGCAUUAUUAAAAUACUUUGAAUGUGUUUGUUUAUGAACAUUUAAUCGCUACUGACUUCAACAGAUUCAAGUUCAUAUUCAAUAUUUACAACUUUAUUUGUGGCAGU